AUGGUCAUUUCAAAGACAACUGCAAAGCAGGAUGCCAAGGGCAAAGCGAAGGCCAAAGUUGCUGCCAAGGUAAAGUCUCGCAAAUCAGGAGAUGCGCCAGGGGGAGGGACCGUCAUGAAGAAACCCGCCUUGCAAGCGCCGCGGAUGCGCCAUCGCCGAAAAGAACCUGAUCCUGCCUUCGAUGCUCCAGAAAGCAGUCCGAAAGAAGGGGACAGGCCCUCAGAGAAACGUGGCAGAGGUGCCCCAGGCACCGCAGCAAGAAAAGCCAGGCGCAAGAAAGAUUCGCCUGAAAAGCCGGAUGCGCCUGAGGAAGCGCCUGGAAGUGGUGGCGAGAAAGAACAAGACGACUCUGACUUUAACUCCUCUGACCUGGAUCCCGUGCUGUGGGCGGUGGGUGGUCAAGAGUUGGAGGAAUCAGGCAAGAUGGCUGAGCGCAUGAACCUGCGUCGGGAGAACAAAAAAAAGAGGCUGAGGAAACAACAAGGUCCAAAGAACGCUGUGCAAAGAGCACGGGAGAAUUGCCAGGCCACUCCCGAAGCACGUGCUUUGCUUGCUCGGGGUCAAGCCCAAUACGCCGCUGGCGAGUUUGCUGAUGCGAUUGAAACAAUGAAGGCUGCAGUCAGAGAGCAGCCUGGACUUGCAGACCCCUACCAUGUUCUCCACUUGAUAUACAACGAGCUUGGUGACGGCAAGAAGGCCCUCGAUGCUCUUCUUUUAUCUGCAUACUUUACUUCUCCACCCUCGGAGGCUCGCCACGUGUGGCGAAAGGUGGCGGACUUGUCCCUGCGUGUUGGACAAACAGAUCAGGCAUGCUACGCCUUCAAACGUUGCAUUGCACCCCAAGGCUCUCGCACAGAGGAUGACUGGAAGUCGCUGUGGCAGCUGUCCCAACUUCUUUUCAAAAAGGAGCGGACGGACCGGGGCAUCCAAGUCUUGUUCGAGCUCUAUGAGGAAACACAAGAGCCAAAGCUGGCCUGCGAAGUGGCCAAAAAGCUCGUUCAAAGGCAUCGGUGGAAGGAAUGCUUAGCUUUGCUGGAGGCCUGCGUGGCCAGAGGUCGUCAGGCUGACCCACCUCGCAUAGAUCUCAACAUCUUAAACAUCCUGGCAGAGGUUCUGAUGGAGCUGCGGGACUUUGAAAAGUGCGCGACGCUUUUGAAGGAGCUGCUGCACCUGACUCCGCAGGGAGGUGCACAAGGGACAUCCGAUGAUGUUGAAAGCACUGCUCUCGCGCUGAUUCCAGAACACGACACAGAGGCCUUGAUGAAGAGGUUGCACAACAGCCCUGUCGAUCUUGUUGCCAAGUUGGGAGCCGCUUUGUGUCAAAUCCCGACAGCAACGGAGGGCGACGAUCCAUGCUGCAAAUGUGCGAUUGAGGUGGUAUUGUCACACUCAGCCGAGUCGCACCAUGAUUUGUACCUGGUUUUGGUUGAUGCAAUGCUUGCAGAUGCCAGUACUACUGCUGACACGGUGAGCCAGCGGUGGCGGCAGCGUGCACAUGUCCGGCCUUGGUUUGCUGAACAAGCUAGCCGCCUUCUGGACCAGCUUGAAUCCUGUUCUGGCAUUGAAGAAGACCUGCGUGAGCGAAAGGCCAUGUGCAACUGGCGGCUGGGCAAGGUGGAAGAGGCGGCGAUUCAAUUGGAAGAGCUACUGGAGGAUCCUGGAGAUCGCACCGAAGUUGACCUGAGAAAUCUCAGGGUGCGUGCAGCCGAAGCUUGGAUCGAACUGGGCUGCGCCGAACGAGCGGACCAAGUUUUGAGCACCCUAACUUACGAGGAACUGCAACGUAGCCAUGUUCUUCCACCAGCCAUGAGUGCCGCUGAGAGAAAGAAUAUCUACAAGGAGUUAACCCAGAUCAUUGAUGCAACAAUGAACAGGGCAAUGGCCGCCAACGACAAGGAACACGUUCAUCACUAUGUUGGCAGUUUGGAGGAGCUGAAAGCGUUCAUUGGCAAGUUCCGUCAUUUGGUGUAUGACUGUGAGCUGGACUACAAACGACUCUCAGCGCAUUCGGCCAACCUGAAAGACACACAGAACACGGCUGCGGCUCCUGUCCUUGCUUUGGAGGACGCGGCCGAGGAGGCGAAAGAGGCGAAAGAGGCUGAAACAGAUGCAGAUGGAUCAGCCAAAAAGAAGCUGAAGAAAGGCACCGAAAGCACAGCCGAAGCGGCUUCAGAUGCUACAGGUUCUGAUGCUCUUGCCUUGGUCGUCAAGCCAAACAAGGCAGCACCGCAGAAGACUCAAGUACUUGAUGAAUCGGGGCAGGCCUUCACCAGCUAUCGGUGGAAGCGGAAGCAUCUCGGCCUCGAUUCCAUCGAGGAUAUGUUUGGCUUCGAAGCUUACUUGGAGCUGGUGAAGUUGGGUGUGGAAAUCAUCCGUAGCUAUUCUGCUUCAGCGAAGACCUCCCAGUCACGCGAAGGCAUCAUCCAGGCUGCACGAGCUGUGGAGCUCUGCGAGAUGAUCAUUACCAACCGGAGGCUGGUCUCCGUGCGGAACCCCGUCAAGCGUCGACUCGUGCGAGACCUUGCCAUGACAUCGCUUUGCACAGGCGUUGACGCCCGAUUGUGGAAGGUGGUCUUCAAGCACCUGAGACUGCUCUGUGAUAGCAACGACAGUGAUCACUUGUUGGCCUUGUUCAGUCGGAUCCUGUUCACCCAUGCAGAUGUUGAAGGUCUGAGCGCCAGCCCUGCUCAGGAGCGUGCAGAUGCUGCACCCUGGGAUCACCAGAAAACCGGAUUCUCAGCAUCUGGGCAUAGGAACACCUAUGCAGCUGCCUUCACGGACGUACGUGGCUGGGCUUUGCGAAGGCUCUUGAGAAGGCCACGAGACUUCGGCCUGACUCUCCUUUGCGCACACUUUUGCAUCAUUGCCUCGCAGUAUCCCUAUGCGGUUGCAGAGUACUCGCGUGCCCAUCGUUUGGCUCCCUUUGAACCACUGCCUGCCCUUUGUACGGCUACGGCUUACAUCUCCUUCUCCAUGUCUCGUGCUGCGGUGUGGCGCCACGACCUGGUGCUGAAAGGACUCACCUUCCUACAACGUUAUCGGCGGCUCCGCCUGCGUAGGGCAGGUCUUGUACUUGCACAUGAGAAGGAUGAGGACUGGGUCGACUCCUGGGGUGGCUUGCCGCCGGAGCGCCAGCCAUGGGAAGAGAAUGUGCUGACCGAUCCGAUGGACCAUUUGGCGAUUCGCGCAGAAGUGGCCUACAAUUAUGGUCGAGCCUUUCACCAGUUGAGUAUGUCCACAUUUGCGGUGGAGGCCUAUGAGGCCGCUCUGAGCUGCUUUGAAGGCCUUUCUCCGCCCGAGAGCCAGAGGACAGAUUUGCUGGUGAUCCGCCGUUCUACAGCCUGGAAUCUGGCUUACCUUUACAAGGCGCAAGGAACGAUGGAAAUGGCUGCAGAUGUACUAUGGCGUCAUGUAGUUUGGUGA